AUGCCCGCCUUUCGUCCAACUCCCCGCCUGUCGGCCGCUGCCCUUCCCAAUCCUUCUUCCCUCCCCAGAGCAGUUCCCAAGGGAGUAGCAGCCAAUGUUGUUGUUCCAGGCAUCGUGGUGGCGGCAUCAGUAUACGGCGUAAUCAGCUACAUCAAAAACCAACUGCAACAUGAGUCAUCCACCAUCGACAAGAUGUUUGCCCAAAAGAACACCCCCGCUGUGGAAGAAUCGAGACGGAGAAGUCUCUUGGUGGAUACGGAAGGCGACCCGAGGAGAACGCCCUACAACAUUCUGAACUGGAAAUAG